AGCCUGACGUUAUUUUGGACGUAUUUCUUUUACUGCAACACGCAGAUUGAGACUCACUUAUCUCACACACAUUUUCUCUCACCAAAGAAAGGUGGGCCUCGUUCCCUUCAUCUUUGCUUUUCCCGCCAAACUCCCGAAGCAAGCUCUUACAUAACACGGAGUCUGCAACCCUCCAUCUAUGUGUUGAGUUGAGAAACCUCUGCGGCGACAAACCCGUUUAUGAUCAGCUUUGCAUUCGUGAGGCUAGAAGCAAAAAUGAUCGAGAUGGCAAAUGUCUACCGCCAAUAUGUGCCAACGGGCAUCCUUCCCUGUGCUAUUUCUGCGACUUACAUGGGGGCCUUCCACCUUCUUCGUUGCGGUCACAUCGUUGCUGUCUGCGAUGACAAUCACCAGUGCGCAAGGAACUGCCUGCAUGUAGUCCUCACCCUGGGCGCCGGCCACGAGGCCUUCCACAAGCACAUCAAACAGGACGAGUUGGUUUGCCCGUCCUGCUUCAAGAUCUCAUUUUCGACGCUCAAGGCCAAUUUCCAUGACACUCCUCUCGUGAAGGCACUACGUCCCACCGUCUCGCUGACCCGAUCUCUUCUCAAACGACUCGUUCCGGCUCUGAGCGACAAAGACUUCCUACCCAACCAGUAUGGUGGCCUUCUGUCGGCUCAAUACACCAACCCAAACCAAGACUUUCUGGACUACAGGCAGAUCCACCAUUUGUCCUGCGGACACGAAGUCUGGGCACUUCCGAUGCGCCCAUGUGCAGCUAACUGCAGGAAGACGAACCCAAUGUGCAAAAGUCACGGCUUCCCACAGAAUGCUACGCAAGCAGAUGCGAUCAUAUGCUCUGAGUGUAUGCUCAAAGCUGAAAUGAUAGAGGAUCGCAAUGUUGGCCCCUUGCUGACGUUUGAUCCGUUGGAGGGGAAAUGAGUUGUUCUGGGU